AUGUUGUUGUUUCCAGAGAUCUUGGCGAAUUUUAAUGGACAAUUGGCAGAUAUAACAUCGAUUGAAGAAGAACUGAACUAUCAUGAAUCUUUUUGUAUGUGUAAUGAUGAUGAGACAUAUUCAAUGAUUGACUGUGACAAUAAAGAUUACAUUAUUAAAUGGGACCAUCAAGCAGAACAUGCAUAUCCUAAUGUAAGCAGUGAGAGGCCUGGCAGUGCAAAACCUGUGCCUCAAGGUGAAGUUGAAGUAAAAGGAAGUACAGCUAGAAUUGAGCGGGUUGGAAAGAAUGAAGAAGUAUAUAAAAAUCUCAUGGAAAGAUUGAAAGAUGUUAAAGAUCCAGAAAAGGAAGACUUUUGCUUUACAUUGUUUGAUUUUGGCGGGCAAGAAAUUUAUUAUAUUUCACAUCAGGGUAAAUUCUUGUACAUAAUUGUGACAGAUAUUUCCAAGAAACUGGAUGAACCCGUUACUGACCAAGAAGGGCAAUUAGAGAUUCGUCAUGAACUGGAAACAGCAAGGGACUUUAUUCUCUACUGGGUAAAUACAAUAUUGACAUAUGCUAUUCAAAGUAAAGAUAAUAAGUACCCGAAGAUAGUAAUUGUUGCAACUAAAGCAGAUAAAAUAUCAAAGAAAGAGGCUGUAACACGUCUGGAUGAAAUUAAUGAUUUUUUGUCAAACAUAAUUACCCACAAAAUAGCUGUGAAAAUCGAGGCCCUUUAUGCUAUCAACAAUAAGGUCCCAGAAGUGGUUUAUUCCAUCGAUGGCGGCGAUGAGAAGAGUGGCAGUAUUUCAUUGCUUAAAGAUAAACUCCAGAAGAUUUUAAAGUCGGAUUGGUUCAGGUAUGAAGUUAACUGCAAGUGGUUGGAGUUCGAACUUCAACUGAAAACCACAGUUGCUGAUACAAAGAGGCCUAUUAAAACAAUCAACGAGGCCCGUGAGCUAGCAAAUGAUAUUGACAUGAAUGAAGAGGACUUUAACAAGGCACUGGAGUUUUACUACAGUAUUGGGGAGAUGGUCGCUCUGGAAGGGGAAGUUGGUAUUAAGCCGGAGUGGUUUGAAGAGUUGUUCAGGAUUGUUAUCACCUGCGCAUUGGAUAAACAUCUUCCCCCAAAACAAAAAUGUUUCCUUAAAGUCUUACAAGAAGAUGGUAAAUUGAGCGAAGAGCUUUUGAAUGAAGCAUUGGAAACAAAGGAGAGGCGAGAAGAUAAGAGUAUCUUGAUUGAAUUAUUCAAGGAGUUUGAUAUUAUUUGUGAAGUAAAACAAUCAUCACCAGUACAACCAGGCAAGCGAAAAUUUAUAAUGCCAUGUAUGCUGACCAGCAACACAUCUAUUCUUCAAGAUAAACCCAACACAACAACAAGUCCUACUCUGCAUUAUCAUUUUCCAGAUAAUUUUCUUCCGAAUGCAGUUUUCCAUCAGUUAGUGGUGAGGUGUGCAUCUGUUUGGUCAGAUCAGCCGGUGUUAUACAAACAUGCAGCACAGUAUUAUUUGAACGCCACGACUAUCAUUACUAUAAAGAAGGAAGGUUCUGACAUAGUCUUGAAUGUGACAUUUGAACAUGACGAUCUGCAACACUGUGGUCCAGAAAUCAGAAAAGCUGUAGAUGAUAGCCUAAACGUAAUCAUCAAGAAAUACAGGCCUGGUUUAUCAUAUAAGCACAGUUUAAAGUGUCACUGUGGUAAACAUGAUCCGUCAAAUACUAGAGAAGAUGAUGGAUGUGUUGUCUUUGGCUCCUCGAAAGAAGAUGAGUGUUCUUGUACUACACAACGCCGAUGCCCUAAAGGGAAUCUAUUUAAACCUCAUGACUUGUCAUUCUGGUUUAACACAACUAAUCCUAUUACAGCUGCUGUCAGAAGUGAAUCACCGAAUCAGUGUACUCCCACUAAACGUCAAAGACUCACAGAUACUGAAAACGGCGCCUCUUCGUCAACGAGCCCAGCAGUUUCAAGAGAAGUAGAAUUCGGGAAGAUGCUCAUUGGUAUUGCUGAGGAAAUAGGGAAAGAAGAAUUGAAAAAAUUGAAACAGCUAUGUGGUAGUGUUGUUUAUAAGCUGAUACCAAAGGGUGAUUUAGAGAAAAAAGAAACUGCAUUUGAUGUGUUUCAAUGUUUGUGUGAACAAACCAAAAUCAGCUAUGACAACACAAAAUGGUUGGAAAAAUUAUUAAAUGAGAUAAAGAGGAAAGAUCUGGUGGAGACAUUUGUACUGCCAUAUUUAUCAAAGAAAUAUUAA